AAUGAGCUUGGGAUCUCGCCGCCUGUUCACUCUUCACUCCAUCCUCCCACUUGCCUAUUGUUCGUUUCUCCAUCCAUCAAGAGAGUCGCCGACCUCGUUCGCCUUUUUGUGUCAUAUAAUAUUCUGUUGCUUUCGUAGCAUGAGACCACCACCAGCAAGUGCUCUGUCUGCGCGGGCAGCAUGGAGCAAUAGACUAUCUUCCAGCAUCUACGGACGAACAGUCACAUCGAGACCAUUAUCAACCUCACCAUCACUUCACUCGCCAUCGGUAGUGUUAUCCAAAAACGCUCCUCCGCUCCACCCUGUAUCUUCCUCCCUGACGUUCUUGCGGAGCGAAUUUCUGCCCCGAGAUGUUCUUUCAUAUACCGCUGCCGGAUACGCUCGUCAUUUUUCCUCUCGCUCAGCCCUUCUCCAGCAAGCGCAGAAGAAGCCCGAAGGUGAUGUAGAAGAAAAGGUUUCCGGUUCACAGAAGCCAUCAUCUUCACCUGAAGGCGCGUCGGGAGAGAAGCCGGGCGAGCAAAAGGAGGAGCAGACUCAGGAGAAGAAGACUGGCGAGGAAGAGUCUGGCGAGAAAAAAGAAGGGGAAGAAGGUAGCAAGGAGAAGAAGGAUGCACCUCCUCCACCGCCUCACGGUGAUAAAAGUCCCUGGCAGGUCUUCACUGACACCUUAAAAUCGGAAUUUCAAGCCUCCAAGGAGUGGAACGAAUCCACUAAGCAACUAUCGGCCGGUGUCAACGAUUUCACCCAGAACCCAGCCGUACAAAAAGCCAAGACCACAUACACCAAAGUCACCGAUGCUGCUGCAUCUACAACUUCAGAAGCCUUGAAAACCACUGGCAAGGCUAUUGGGCAAGGUGCGGCGUGGACUUGGGACACAACGCCUGUCAAGGGUGUACGUAAGGUCGCAAGCGUAACUGGAUCGGGCCUAGAAUAUGUUUCGCGACCAGUACGCCAGUCAAAAGCAUUCAAAGCAGUCAAAGAGACUGUGGAUGACGGUAGUUCUUCCAGGUAUGGUGGAUGGAUUGAGAAGGAAGAACGUAGGAAGAGGCGAGAACUUAGGGAAUUGAACGAGCUGCAAAGGACUGGAGGCAAAACGCCACAAGGUCCUAUGGAGGAAGACCCCGAUGCUGGCACAAAUGUCACUCUCCACAAAGAUGCGCGCUACAAAGAAGUUUGGCGCGACUUCAAAGAGAACUCAAAGCUCGCCAGGCACUUCUCCGACAUGAAGAGCACGUAUAACGAAUCCGACAACCCGCUCAUCUCCACGGCACGUAGCAUCUCGGAUCGCAUCACGGGCUUCUUCGCGGAGAAUGAAACUGCAAUGGUGAUCAAGAAGUUCCGCGAAAUGGAUCCCGCGUUCCAACUCGAACCAUUCCUGACUGAGAUGCGUGAAUAUAUUCUGCCGGAAGUCUUGGAUGCAUACGUCAAGGGUGACAUCGAGGUACUGAAGCUGUGGCUAUCAGCUGCUCAGUAUCAAGUGUAUGCUGCAUUGAUGCAACAAUAUACCACGGCCGGAUUGAAAUCGGACGGGCGUAUCGUUGAUAUCAGGAACGUAGACAUCUUGAACGCACGCCUACUGGAACCCGGAGACAUCCCCGUCUUCAUCAUCACUUGCCGAACGCAAGAAGUACACACCUACAAGAAUGCGAAGACGGGUAAAUUAGCCGCGGGAAUGGACGACAAAGUUCAACAAGUCACAUAUGCGAUCGGUGUCACCCGGAUACCUGACGAUGUGAGCAAUCCCGAGACGCGAGGAUGGAGGUUCAUCGAAUUGCAAAAGAGCGCCAGGGAUUACUAUUGA